GAAAAGGUAAAUGGCAAAGUCCAAAGUGCUUGUUCUGUUAACUUUCUGUAUCUUAUUCUAGUAGAAAAACUGGUACAUAUAACAAAUUAUGAUGGCAUUCAGAAAAGGAAAUGAGAUAAUAGAUUGGCAGGCAUUGUCCAAACAAAUACACAAAGGUAUCGUCGAAUUAAGACAAGAAGAUACUUGUACAGAUUUUACUGUCGAAGUUGGUGAGAAAUCAUUCCGCUGCCAUAAAGUAGUCCUUGCCGCAAUGUCAGACUACUUUAAAGCAAUGUUUACUUCAGGUAUGAAAGAGACAGAACAGAACAAAGUUGUUUUAGAUGAGGUAAACCCAGACUCCUUUCAAACAGUCAUGCAAAUUUUGUAUCCUGAAGGAAAUGUUAAUCCUCUUGAGAAACCAUCCGAGGAUGAAAUGUCAGAUUUGUUAAAACUUUCUGGACGUUUUCAGAUGCCAUUUUUGAGAGAUAUUUGUCUGAAGUAUUAUGGUAGAACAAUGGACACAGGUAACUGCAUACUGAGAUGGAAACUAGGGAGACAGAUCUUGUGUGAUGAUUUAAUCUGGUUGGGAUAUAGGUUCAUUAAAGAACACUUUGAGGAAAUAGUAUUAGACAGUAUCCUUGUGUCAGUCGAGUUUAAGGACUUUUUAGCCAUUAUCAAAGAUGAGUCUAUACAUGUGAAACGUGAGGAUAUUGUGUGGUCUGCAAUUAAAAAUUGGAUUUAUUUUGACCUAGAAAAGAGAAAGGAGUUUAUUGUGGAACUUUUAAGAGAAUGUUGUUUGACAGAAAUCGACCCUGAUGUAUUUAUGGAAGAAAUUGUUUUUGAUCCAGUAGUUAGGCAAAGCGAUAGAGCAUCCACACUUCUACAAGAAGCAGUCAAAUACAAAAGACAUCCUGGUAUUCAUGGUGAUAUUGAGCUUAAAUUCAGAGAGUGCCAUGAAAAAAGACAAGUUACACUCCUACUUGCCAGGGAAAAUGGUUGUUCUGAUGGUGUGGCAACAAUCGAAAGAAAAGAUAUGAAAGGAUUUGCUGUUUGUUCUAACAAAGCAUGGUGUCUAAAUAUUGAUAAAAGAUUUUCUUUCGACUUCGAUAGAAUGGAACAUGGGGUAUUUUCAUGCUGUGUACAUGAACAGUCAGUGUUUGUAUUGACUGAAGUAGAGAAAGGAAUUCGUGGAAGCAAGCUUUGGCAAUACGAGGGUAUGAGCCAUAAUUGGGAACCGCAGCGGGACAUGGAUGUGGCACUAAAGGGACAUACUGUAUGUGCAACAGAUGGAUGUCUGUAUGUUAUAGGCGGCAGAUCAUCAAUUGACUUAAACGCUCAAGUCUGGCUGUACAAUAUUGACAGUAACGCUUGGAAUUUUGAUGGUUAUAUAAUGGCAGCUGUUGUGAAUGCCUCAUCUAUCUACUUCAACAACAAGAUCUAUAUUUUUGGUGGAAGACUUGAAGACAAUGAAGCUGCUCAAUGCAUACAAGUUUACGACACACAGAAAAAGGAGGGUACUAUCUUUGGAAAUUUGCCAAAGCCAUGUAUCUGGUCCCGAGCUUUAGUCAGAGGGUCAACUGCUUUUGUUGUUACUUCUGAUGGUGAUGUGGUAAGUGUUUUGUUGGAAAGUGGGGAAACAACGAUCAUAUCUUCCAUUCCAAAUUUCAAACGUGUCAAUUUUGGAAUAAGUUUGCAACAAAAUGAGCUUUAUGUUUUUGGGGGUAAAGAAGUUGAAAAUGAUGAUAAUGUUGAUGAAGAACAAAUUGUUCUGAAAAGAAAUUCUCCAAUAAAAGGUAAUUUCAUGAUCAACGUCGAAACAGGCGAGGUUAAAUCAUCGAAAUGGUUGCAAAAGGUUGGAAUCAGUGAGGAUUACGAAAUUCUAGCCAGUGCUUCAGUAGUAAUAGAUCACAAAAACUUAAAGCUUAUAGGGAAAACAAUGAAAAACAAGAAAUGAUGGAGAUUGAGAGUGUUAUAAUAAAGAAUGAGCAAUGCUUAAUUAUCUUAAUUGAGUAAACGAACAUAAUCUGGACUAAUGUUUCUUGGCAAAAUAAACACAGUGCUCCCAAUAAUUAAGUCAAACAAGAUUCAGAAGUAAAUUACAAUACAUGUAUAACAAAAUUGUGUGUACAUUUUAAAAAACCGACAACAAGUUGUGUGUACAUUUGAAAAUCUACACGCCUUGACAAAAUACUGCUUUGUUGAAAAGUGCAUGUUGAUAUUUCUGUCUUAUUUUACCUUCUACAAUGUAUAUGAAAUAUACAAUUUAAGCAGUACAUUGCAAACCAUCGUUAUUCUUGACUUUAUGUCUUUAAGACCAAAAUCUUUACUUUUGAAUGGUAAAUUUCAACCAAAAUACUAUGUCAAUUUUUUAAUGAAAACUUUAACA